AUGGCAGAUAAUUACGAAUUAAAAUGUGUUGGAGAAAGUGAUGAAAAUGAAAAUCAAUAUCAAAAAAACGAAUACAAUGAUGGAUAUGUAGAAUAUUCUCGUUUGGUGAAAAAAAUGAUUGAAGAGUUUGAAGGAGCAAAAACCAGUGAUUUAGCAACAUCUAAAAUCGGUGAAAGAGCUCAAAUAACCGACAAAGAAACUAUUGACCAAGCAACCAAAACAUUUGAAGAAUUCAUUUCAUAUCCAGCAAAUCAGAUUAGCAAAGAACUUCCACUUUUUUUUGAUUGGGUUAGAAAUUUUACAGUGGAAGAGGCAAUAUUAAAUGUCAUGCUUUUAACAAUUAUCUUGUUUUUUCUAACUUUUGUGGUGGGCAUUAUGUUAAUUAUUCUUGGAAGCGUAGCGUUUUUUGCAGGAUGCCAUUUUCUUGUCUUUGGAUUACUUUACUGGCCUCCAAUAAUGAUUUUCACAAUGUCAGUUGUUAUCUCUUUUGCAGUUUUUAAUUGGAUUGUUAAUGAUAAUAAAGACGAUUUUUUGGUUUAA